GAAUUUAGACAUUUUCGUGUAAUUAAUUGUCUUAUUUUUUAUUUUUUUUUGGAGAAACAAGCUAGUCCGUUACAUCCAUUAUAGGCGGACAUCUAGUUGGCUUUUGGGCUCGGUCGAGCCGGAUUUGAGCCAAUAGUUGGAAGAAGAUGUCGUCUAUGGUUCUGAUUUCUGCAGCGGCAGCAGCUUCUUGUUCUACAACGAAAUGGAAAGCUGCCGUAUUUGGUAAACGAUUACCUUGUCGAACAUCACCGUUAUCAGCAACUGCUAAGCCUUUUGGUUUUCGUGUCAAUGCGUUUUUCUUCAAUCCCUUCCAAGAACCCAUUCUCAAACAAGCUGUCAAGGGCUCGGUAGUGGAAGAAAAGCUAGAGCAUGGUGAGGAAACUCGAGUCAACUUUGUGAAAAUCAUCUCUUUGGAGGAGAAGGAACCUGUUGCCUUUGCGGGAGGGAUAUUUGCUGGGCUUCUAAGACUUGAUUUGAAUGAAGAUCCUCUGAAGGAAUGGGUUGCUAGAACAGUUGAGGCCUCAGGAGUUACAGCUGAAGAAAUUGAGGCCAGUGAUGACCAAGCAGAGGAGGACACCACCCCACAACAGAUAGAAAUUGAAUGACUCGUCUUUUCCUUCUUCCCGCAUUGACACUACUCUUGUAAAAAUACAAUAUUUAAGGAAAUUACGAAAUCUACUGAAACAUGAACAUACAUUUCUAUUGUUCUGCUGCUCCUUUCCACGAACACUGGAAUCUGGAGCUAGAAAGGAGAUUAUCUCUUCAAUUUA